AUGCGGGACCUGUCGAGCGCGCAAGCGCCACAGGUGAAAUGCGAUGAGCGGCCCAACGGCUGCGCCAACUGCGAGCGCCUUCACAUCCCCUGCCUCCGACCUGAAGGAAGCAGCUCCGCAUCCCUGGCCGCUGCCGCGGGACACGCCAUCGUCACAGCGGAAAAGCUUCGACGGCAUCGCGCGUUCCGCUCAUGUCGGCCGUGCCGAGUCGCCAAGGUGCGCUGCUCGGGCGAGCAGCCUGAAUGCGAGCGGUGCCGCCAGCGCAGCCGCAAGUGCGAGUAUGACGACAAGGCGGCGCCGCGAUGGGUGAAGCGCGCGCGAAAGCUGCAGUCCGGCUCUGACGAGGACUUGCGCGGCGCAGAGGCACCGCUGGGAGACUCCCGUGUGGCGCUGGGGGCCCACAGAGGUCUCGGAUCGAGCGCCUCUGAGAGUGACGAUGUUGGUGAUGAGCACACAUGGAGCGGCAAAGGAGAAUCGCAACGCAGGCGUAAAUCCACCGCCAGAUGUCAGACUCCGCCCGAAAUGCAGCGGCAAGUCCGAGCCAACGGCGGUCGCCAAGUCAGCCCAGAGCUCGAAUGGCUCUUUUCGCACAAGCUGCCCGCGUUCCCGUAUGUCCUCCGGCUAGUGAAGCUAUACUUCAAAAUGGUCCAUCCGCUUCGAUCAUUCGGCUUCAUCCACCGCCCGUCAUUUAUGCAGUUCAUUGAGGACCAGAGUGAGGCCGGUCGCAACAGCAACGUGGUCCUACUAGCCGUCUGCGCCCUCGGUGCCAAGUUCUUUGCAGCCUUGUCCGCGUCGGAGGAGGAGGCAGGCGAGGGGCUCGCCCUGCGCGCUGGGUGUCAAUGGGCACGCAGAGCCCAACAACUGCUGUUCGCAAGCAUCAACCGCCCGUCGACAGACACGGUCAUGGCCGCUGUACUCUUGCACGAACACGAGCUCCGCAUCGGCAACUACGCCGCCGCGUUCAUGAUCACCGGCCUGGCGGUGCGCUUCGCGCAGGGGCUCCAGCUCAACGUCGAGCAGCAAGUCGUCCGCGCGCGCGUCAGCCCGGCCAAGGUUAUGCCCUCGCUCUACGAGUCGUGCCGGCGCGUCAUGUGGAGCGUCUAUGUGAUGGACUCGUGGGUCGGAAGCGGCGUCGACGAGCUGACGAUGCUCGACGACAAGAACAUCAACAUCCAGCUGCCCGCGCCCGAGAGCGACUUCGUCCUCGAGACACCCAGGGCGACGGUCCUUCCGCAGCUGCCGUCCGAUGCUUGCUUCAGGACGACCAGCAGGUCCGACGAUCUGGACUUGGAGGCACAUUUCGUGCUGAUGGUGGGCCUGCGCAAGAGAAUUCUCAGGGUGGUAAAACACUUGGACGAGUCGCAGCCGCCGUGGAUGGAGCAGUCCGAGUACUCGACGCUGAGGGCCGAGUGCCAAGCUUGGUACAGCUCCCUGCCCGAGAGCCUCAAGUUUAGCCGGUCCGCGGUGCAGAAACGCAAGGUGUCAGGCCAACAUGGGGCACUCAUGCUCCUGCACAUCACGUAUCACCAGUCCAUGUGCGACCUGACGAGAAUCGGCAUGGUCGAGCUGUUUCGGAUCCGGGCACCCAUCGUGUUCCCCGCCGAGCAGCACGAGUUCGUGCAGUCCGUGCAGGACGCCUGCUUCGACCACUGCAUGGCCGUCUCUUCCGUCCUCCAAGAAGCUCUGCAUCAUGGUACCGAGGCCUUUGCAGACACAUGGCUCUGUGUGGUGGCACACGAUGUGUCGAGGGUACAGAUACACUACGCGAAGAACCGGCUGGGGUCCAGCGCGCGACACGAUCACUACGGCUUCGCUUCCGAGGUGAAUGCCGCGCUCAGUGUCAACUUUGAGGCCCUCCACAGGAUGAUUCCGCUUCUUGCUUUGGCGAAGCCUCUGCACACCGCGGCGCUCGCAUUGGCCAAGUCGGCGGGCUUUGAACUGCCAUCGGCCGACCCCGAAACUCGUCUCAAUGCCUCUGGCAAAGCACCAUCACGCCCCGGCAGUCCUUGCCCACUGACUCCAGAAUACGUGCUGAACCCACUUGCGAUAUACCGUAUGGCACGCAAGGACAUCCGAGAAAGCGGCCCCAGCGCAGCGGAUCCCGCCGAUGGAAGCUGUGCAGCCGACGAUGCGUACACGGAGGAGCACCAGCCCAUGCCCACGCCUGCGAUGGAACCUACAGCCAUCGCGGGGCCGGCGCCCGCCACAGACAACCCACAAGGCCCGGUCGAUGUUAUCCGGAACAUCCCUUUGCCAGAGCCGUUCCAGCUUCCGAUGAGCUUCGACGACCUGCAAGUGUAUAUGAGCCUACCGCCGCUGCUCGAUGCGUAUGAAGAGCCGGCGGCUCACAGGAACGGGACGGGGGCGUUCUUCGACUUCAACGGCGCGUCGGCAAUGGCGCCAUUCCAAGCUGCCCCUGUGCAGUUUGUGGGGUCAGCGGAUCCCAGCGCUGGACUGGCCGAGUAUCUGCCACAAUUCGACCAACGCGGAUCAAUGUGGGCGACAUAG